UUAAGCUUGCGCAAAUAACAAAUGGCGCGUAAUAUCAACACAGCACUUCAUCGAAGAUGAGCAAAUAUAAAUCAAUUGCUUGUGCAGGAAAAAAAAAUAACAUAAAUAAAAAUGAGGAACAGUAAUCGCGAAACCGGUCACGGUUCGGUGUACCUUUGCCCGAGAGCACGUGCUGUCGUCAUUGAGAAUUCCCCCUGCCAAAAUGGAAAAGAUACCGCGACUGUUUGAGAUGUCAAUUAAAAAAAGUCCAAACGCUAUACAACAAGAUCUUUGAAGUUGCCUGGCUGGUUUCGAUUGUUGUGUAUUUGUGUUUUUUUUUUUUUUUGUAUUUUAUGAGAGGCGCAAGCGCAUGCCAACUUUAGUGGCAGCCACACAAAAUCGCAGAUCGCAUUUAGAAGUCGAGCUUGCAACUGAGCGGGACGUUGAGAAAGCCCAACAAAAAAAAAAAAGUGGGAAAGAAAACGCACAAAAUGAUAAAUGCAAUACUGUUGUCGUACUUGUUGUUGUUGCUGGGCACACAAGCAAAAGCUGCAGUCGCUAAUGCAGCAAUUAAACCACUGUCGCAGCGUGGAAUCAUUUUCCCCAAGGAAUCCUUCGAUGAUUGCUUCACAGAUGACCAGCAACGGGUGCCGGGCAAUUGCAAACUGCUCGAGGAUUGUCCCGCCGCCUUGCGACGCUGGAACGAGCAAAGUGUGCUGCCCAAGACAUGCUACUUUGUUAAGUACGAUCAGUUUGUGUGCUGCGAUCUGCAUGAUAACAACAGCACCACGCCCACCAUACAACCGGAGCCUGAACCAGAGCCACAGUUGCGAUCAAGCGAACAAGCUUGCGAGGAUUCAAAAAUUUUUGGCAUUUCCAUUGUGGGCGGCAGGCCAGCUAAAUACGGCGAGUUCCCGUACAUGGCCGCCUUGGGUUGGCAGGCGAACUUCGAUGGAAGCAUCCUCUAUCGCUGUGGCGGCACACUUAUUGCACCCACGUUUGUGUUGACGGCGGCGCACUGCAUUAACUUUGGCGGACAGCUGCCGGCGACGGUGCGUCUGGGUGGUGAGAAUCUCACCGAGGGCAUGGGAGAGAAUCAUGCCAUACGACGCGUUUUUACCCAUCCCGAUUACACGGAUACCGGCGCCUACAAUGAUAUUGCGCUGCUCGAACUGGACGCAACACAACCCUCGUCACGGACCAUUGUGUGUCUGUGGCAGAGUCCAGAGUUGCCGAUGGAUGAACUCACUGCCAUUGGCUAUGGUCAGAUUCAAUUUGCGGGACUGUCGUCAAAGCAGUUGCUCAAGGUGUCGUUGCAGCAUGUGACACAGCAACAAUGUCAGCCACAUUAUCAGCUAGAGGAUUUGCCGCUAGGCUUGGCACUCAGUCAAAUGUGUGCCGGUGAUCUCAGAGGAGUGGGCGACACCUGCCAGGGAGACUCGGGUGGACCCCUGCUCAUGCGCAGUAAGAAUCAAUGGUUCGUGGUGGGAAUCACAUCAUUAGGUCAAGGCUGUGCCAGCGGACCGCCGAGCAUUUAUACGCGCGUCUCCAGCUAUUUGGAUUGGAUCGAGAGCAUUGUGUGGCCCAAAGCUGAGGUGGGUCCCCAGCAGCCGACUUUCGAUUUGCGCAUGAAUGACUGAUGCGUGAAUUCCCGACUUCCCGACGCAUGGGAAUUUCAGCGAAUUAGAAAGCUUAGUCAUAAUAUAUUCUAUUCGUCAUAAGCUCACAUUCAUCUCUUGUCUUGUCUUGUCUCGACUGCCUUAGCAAGUACGUAAACAUAUUAUUUGACUUUUAUUGGCGAAUUUAUGAGCACUGCAAAUACAUUUGAAAAUGUUAAUGU